AUGGGCAGUCAGAGUGGAAACCCCCACUCCCGUUUUGGGAAAGUCCCCAAAUGUCUCUCCUGGACAGUGUUUCCCUCUGAGAAAUGCAACAAAGCCCACGGAGGGUCAUGGGAGCUCAGCCUGGCCUUUGUCCGCGCCAUCCUCCGCUGUCUGAGGCCACCUCCGCCCUCUGCCGACAACGUGGGCGCCUCGCCGAGGAGGCUGAGGACAUUCACCGACCGGCCCAUUACAUUAGAGGCUGCUGGCCGCCGACGCAGACCCCUGGCCUCGUGGACCAGCAAGCACGAGGGGCGGUUUUGUUUCUGCUGCCGUGGCAGAAGGGGGCACAACCAGAAGAAAAGAGCCUUCACUUGCCUGGACACCCAGGACACCCAGCCCGCAGCCAGGCACACCACCGUGCUAUUGUGUCUCCUGCUGGCUACAGACAACGUCACAGGAAGACAUCGUCAGGAGCCUGUGUCUGUGAGGAAAGAAAGCGAAAGACACCAUCAGAGGCCUCAUUGCACAGCAUUUCCCAAGACGUGCGGGCAACCUUUCGCUCCAGCAGGUAAGAAACCUGGCACUGGCUGUUGGCAGGUGCCUUCCUGGCAGGUUUGGCCGGUGGGCAUCCAUACAGGUGACAGUUCUGUCGAAGGCAUCACUGUCACACGGCAUGGUGGCCAUGCAUCCCGUCCCCUCUCACGUCCAGAUCCCGAAGACAGUGCUGCGUCAUUCCGCUGGGCAGCGGGCUGUUCCUGGGACCCUCCAGACCCUCGGACUACUUAUUUGAAGUCUAAGAUAGAGCUGCCGCGACAUUUUGGCUGUGAAUUAGUGACCAUUUGGGGUAAUAUUAGUCUAACGUUUGGACAGUGGCAAAGACAGGGACCAAGGUCUACAGCCCCAGCAGUUCUCACAGGGCUGAGACUGGAGAAGCACUGGAAGCUGACUCGCAGAUCACCUGAAGGGAGCAUCCAGGCAAGCAGUCGUCCCCCGCCUGGGAGCCACCCCAGGAGGCCUGCCGCCCCCUCGGAGCUGGGAAGUGGGAAUCGUCCGCCCACUCUGCCACCCAGGCUGUGCUACCAGCAGGGAAGCUGUGCCCAGCCAUGAUAUCAGGUGGCUGAGCCCCAUCUCCAGGCCUGAGCCUGGCCUGGAAGCCUCAGUCCUUAGGGCCUGGUGCUGGGGCCCCAAUUCUGAGGUGGGCCUCAGUGGCGAGUCCAGGCUACGGCUCCUUCCUAAGUCAGACCCUGCGAUUGUCUUGGGGAGCAGAGCCAGGGGCAGAGAGACACCACCUCUCCCCAGCAUGGCUGAGAAUGUAAGGCAGGAGGCUCCUCCCCUCCCUCCAGGUGAGCAGCAGGCAAGAGGCUCGGGGCAGAGGGGUCAGGCGCUCAGGGGAAUGUCUCCCGAAGGCUUGGGGACCACGAGCCAGGCUGACCUCCAGCCCAUGGAAGCAGAAGGCAAGGAUGGCUGGGGCUGACUCGGGCUGACCACCGUCCCCAGCCCCACCCGCAGCACUGCUGAAACCCAGACGGGCUGGCUCUCCCCAUCCCCCACGGCAAGGCUCUGGGGUGACCCCUGCUGUCUGGGGCAAGUGGAGACUCCCGUGGCCACAAAGCCACAGAGACGACCGGCUCCCCGUGUGAGACAGCCUUGCACAGGCUGAUUCUGACAGGCAGUGUGGGCUCCCAUGUCCUCAGGGCCAGGGCUGGGAUGAGGGUUGCAGAAGCCAGAAGGUCCCUGACCUCCAACAUCUUCCUGUGUAGCUGAGGAGGCUGAAAGGGGCCCAUGGCUGUGCCCUGUGGGGCGGGGUGCUCUGCUGAUGCUCUGGGCAGGAUUGUGGGGGGUGGUACAGGAGGAGGGGAAAGAAGGGGAGAGGAGAGAAGAGGGGAGGGGAAGGGAGGAGAGAGGAGGGAAGAGAGGGAAGAGAUCUGCAAACAGUGCAGGGGCUGGUGCGCCUGGGGGAAGAGUGGGGCAGGGCAAUGAACCUGGGCCUCCCCCAACUCCUUACUCCCCUCACCCAGGCUCACCAGAGGCUGUCGAGAGCACCCACCCUGCUCCCUCGCCUCAGGCGUCCCCAGCACAUUUCGAAGCCCCGCAGCCAGCAAGAGUCCCUUGGGACUGCCUCCCACCUGGGCUUCCCUCCGGAACCCACUGCCCGGUUGUUAGGGAAGCAUCUGCGCUAAUCCCACAGCUCAGCCAUGCCAGAUCCUCAGAGCGGGAGUAAAUGGAUCCUGAAACCCACGGCUGCUGUUGGGGGAGGAGGGGACCUUGGGGUUGGCUCCCAGCCCCUCUCUAGCCCUUCCUCUGAGGAACCAAGCCACGGGGGUCACGGACAGGGGAUUGGGCCACUCAGCUCAGCCAGCCUUGAGUGUGAGGACCAUGGGAGGCACCAUACCUGUCUGAGCCUGGAGAGGGCUUCCUAGGAGGAGGUGUCACCAGGCUGAGCCUUGAGAGUUGAGUUGGUCCAAUAAGUGGGCAGCCCGAUAGAUGUAGGGAUGGCGGAUGGCUUGGUGUGCCCAGCAUCUAGAGAUCGAAGGCCAGAAGUGGUACAUGGUGGGAGUGGCUUGAAAGCAGCUCUGCUUCCACCCGUGAGGACAGUGGUAUUCAGACCUCUCACUGUGGGAAUCUUCAUUAAACGAAAGCUCACCUGGAGUCCCUGUCCAGGAAAGAAUGGAACAGAUGAUCGCCACCACCCACUGUGUGCAGCUCUGUGCCAGGCUGUGCUGAGCCCUGGAAAUGCUCGCCAUGGCCUGUCGCACCGGCCAUGCACCCUUCUGCAGAUGAAGGUGAGGCACAGAGAGGGAGCUUCCCCAGGGUAAGCAGGGCAGGGUGCAUGGCCUCUCUGCUGCACCACCCCUCCCUGGAACAGCUCCUAAGUGGAGUGGGAAUUCCGCAGAAUCCCCAGGACCUGGCCAGCAACAGAGGAAAGAGUGGUCAGAUGGGAGACAGAGAGGGCUGGGGGCUGAGGGUACUGGGGCCGUCGGGGCACGGCCUGGCCAAUAAGGAGUCAGGCCACCUGCCCUGCCCCUCCGCCACCUGGCUUGACGAGCCGGAGGGCUGUUGCUUGUUGGGCUGGUUUCAGGUUUUCAUUUCUUAAGGAGAAUCCAGGUGAUGGGCAAUGCGUGGAGCAAAAGGAAGGCAGAAAGGCAGGUGGGCGGAGUGGGGAGACUGUGGGGCGUGCAUGCUGCAGGGCCGCCCUCCCCGACCUGCAUGCAUCUGGGCUGGCUGGGGAGUUCCAGGGACAGCAGGCCGGCUGCUCUUCAGGGGAACCUGUAGACCCUCGGCCAGCAGCCCCCACUCUCCUUCCCUGCUGGACACCGGAGUCUGAGCCAAUAAGCCAGACCUGCCCUGGACCUCGGGGUCCAAAGAGGGCUUUCAGGGAGGGCUGACUGUGUGUGGCCUGAACACACAGUCCUGGCAGCUGCAGCUGGUGGGGGGCAGGUUCCUGGGCCUGGCAGGGUUGGGGGGGGUGUGGCAGCCUCUGUGAUGUGCUGCACGGAGGCCCCUCAGGACUGAGGCACACAUGGCUCACCGGCCUGCUCAUGACCAAAGACCCCUCCGCACAUCACCUUUGGUGACGCAGCUCAGCGGAGACAGCUGUGUCCAGAGACUAUCCCAGGGUGGUCAGCUCCAAGGGUCAUCUCAGCUCCAGAGCAUCCCGGGGUCACAGUGAAGUCGCUGCCUCGCCUGCCCUUUUUCGCGUGGUGUUCGCAAGAACACCUGGGGAAACCCCUGCGUGCAAACUCCAGUCCCAGAGGCGGCAGCCCCCUGGGGGACGGCAGCUGGGAGGGUGGCUCAGUGCCGGGCCGAGAGGGCCUGAGGGUCUGCUCACCUGGCCAGCAGCCACAGUGCAGCAGCAGGACUAGCCUCGAGACCCCAGCCAGGCCGGCCUCCAGGAGACAGGAGGUGAGGAGAGCAGCGCCCCCUCCCUCUGCUGGUGCAAACCUCGGGAGGUCCAGGGACAUCGGGAAGACACACGCCCUUCUGUGAGCCGUGGGGGCGGAGGGGUGCGGGUGAUGCCGCAGGCUGGCACCGGUGGGCCCGGUCAGGAACAAGUCCAUCUGACAGCCAGAGGGCAUAGGAGAGGCUCUGAGAGCAGGGCCCGUGGCACCUCCUCCACCCCCGAGAGGGUCUCCUGACCAGCGGUGCCCAUCUCUGCCCUCUCCUGUGCUCUCUGGCUGGCAAGGUCGGGAAGCCUGACAUUCCCCAGACCUCCUUGCUGACGGGGCCAGGACGUGGGUGGGGAGGUGGGGGCUGACCUUCCCCAGGGCCAGGUGAGGGCCCCACGCAUGGCUUCUCUGUGCGGGCUCCAGCGAGGUCAGGCCUUGCGUGCCAUCGUCUAGACGGCUGUUCUGGGGAGGCAGCCCCGCGUUACACUGGUGUCCUGGGUGCUAGACACUGCACUCCACCCCCCUGCCUCAGAGCAGGGCCCGCUCAGGCCAGGCAAGGCACUGCAGCUGCGCUGGGCUGACGUGGAGGCCACAACCGGCCUCAGAGCCCCCAUAUUCCUUUCCCAGGCCUCCCAAACGUCUCAGGUCUUACUCCCAUUCUGCUUGAGGAAGUUUCUUUUCCCUGCACUGACCCCCGAUGAUACACUCUCCCACACAGAAGACUAGAGAUGUAUUCUUAGGAAAAAUUCCACAGGGCCUGCAGAUGGUGGGGACUCCAGGGACACCAGGCACAAAAGCAGGUGCCACUGGCUCCCAACUGAGUGUAGGAGCUUCAGUGAAACACCUGCCCACGGUCAGUACCGAGGCUCCUUCUACCCAGACCCGCUUCUCCCUCAGACCACCUGCAGCCAGGCUCCACCCCUAGCAGGAACAAGAAGAACCUUCAUGAAGAAGCUAAACUGUUCCACAGAAAAGGCGCACAGACACUGGCAGCCCGGCCAGCUGCCCCCUCGCCCCAUGACUGAUGCUACCUCCUGGCUGCCCAGGCUGACCGCAGCUCUCUCCUGGACCAUUGGAGCCUGGAUGGCCAGGGAUGGAAGAAGCUGCCUGAGCAUCUUCAGCAAGGAAGGAAGGUCAAGGAAGGAAGGAGGGAGGGAAGGAAGGAAGGAAGGAAGGAAGGAAUCAGAACAAAGGAAAACGAGGAAAUCAGAGGAGACAGAGUUCACAGGGAGCAGAGGGGACUUGAAAACAUGUGUCAGCAGAACCCACCCAGCAAUGAAAUGAAGGAAGCAGAGUGCAGCCGUUUGGAUGGGCUCUGAAGUCACCCCGCCGGGGAGGACACUGCAGAGUGCUCACACAUCGCAGGCCCCAUCCAUGUGGAGCCCCAGAAAAUGCAAAGUGGGGGAUGCAGCCAAUCAGUGGAGGGGCCACAGGGCAGGGGGAGCUCUGGGGACGACAGCACGGUGACAGGCGAUGGGCGGAGGCGUUGGUCCAACGUAUCAUGCUGUGCACCUUAAGUACAGCUUACUGUGCAGAAGUUAUACCCCAAUACAGUUGUUUAAAAAUGAAAUAAAAAGCCAACCGUAAGUGACGUCCCCAGAGAGACCUGAGAAGACGGGGCAUCACAAAGUGAGAACAGGAUAGUAUUUUUAAAAAGGAAUGAUCAGGCUGGGCGCAGUGGCUCACGCCUGUAAUCUCAGCACUUUGGGA